GUUCCAAUCGGAACGGCGACAGGCAGACGUGCGUCGUUUGUUGAGCGGGUGGCGUAGUGGAAUACGAAACAAUAAAAAGCGUAAUUCUAAUUGAAUAAAGACAACAAUAACAAAAACAACGGUUUCUGGGACUCGGUUGCCUUGCCAUAUGUGACACCCAGCACACACAUGCGUCCGUAAAUCGAGAAACAUAAACAUCUGUUUUCAGCGCGGAUGCGGGUGCACAAAAAAAGUGAAAUUUCGCAGCGACAAGUGGAAGAGAAAACGGAGAAAGGUGGCACUGGAGCUGAGUGGAAAUCCUGGCCAUGUCGUCGCUGGAAUUCGAGAUCACAAGCUGUCGCAACAACAACAAUACGUAUGGAUAUGCAAACAACAACAACAACAUGCAGAAGCAAUUACCCGCCCCCUCUGCCUCGGCUGCCCCCGCUCAGCUGAUCCAGGUCAGCUGUUCCAAGGAGGCGGACCCACUGGUCAGUAGUGCAACCUCCUCCACCUCCGAUCCCUCCGCCCUGCUCGCCCUGGAGUCCUCGGAGGAGAGCGAAUGCGACCCCUUCCUCGCCAGCAAUGCUCCCAGUCGGAGGGUCAUUCGAUCCACCUCAUCCGUGCUCCGCAGCCGAAAGCGCAACUCUUGGUGGGGACGCGCUCACGGCUUCCUCAGCCGCAACUGGUACCUGGGCUGCCUGGUGCCCGCCUCCCUCCUGGGCGCCCUCGUCUUUAUCGGCUGGGCCACCAGGGACUAUGCCCGCCAGCUGCUCUUCUGGAUAGAGAUGCAGAACGCCUGGAUAACCUUCGCCGUCUACAUGGCGCUCUUCGCUCUGGUCAGCUUCCCCGUGGUCGUCGGCUACUUUGUCCUGCUCAUCACCGCCGGCUACCUGUUUGGCUGGCUGCGCGGAUGGCUCACCGUCAUCCUGGGCGCGAAUCUCGGCAUCGCCGUCGCCCAUGUCACCAUUCGCAGCUGCCGGCAUCGCAUUCCCGUGCAAAGGCUAAUCAAGAAUGAUACGGGUCGAGCGAUUCUUCGCGUGAUAUCUGGACCAAAGGCUUUUCGGGUGGUGCUCUUCACACGACUUACCCCCAUCCCCUUCGGAGUACAGAAUGUGAUAUUCGGAAUCAGUUCCAUCAAUACGAGAGACUACCAUGUGGCCACCUUGAUUGGGCUGCUGCCAGCCCAAACUAUCAAUGUUUACUUGGGCUCCACGCUGAGGUCGAUGCACGAAGUGCUUAACGAUAAUGAUACCAAGCUGACAGGCUACAUUAGCUUUGUAUUUGAGGUAAUUUGUGGCGUGGCCCUGAUGUUCUGGGUUCUGCAAAAGGCGAGAAAGGAGCUGUCGGAGACGCUGCUCAAUGCUGAAUACAAUAACGAGGGCAAGCACCCUGACAUCCAAGUCUAACAGGAGCCACUUGGGGAGGGGAGCCCCCAAAGGAGAUCCACCCCAAGAGAAUCUCCUGGACUAAAGGACAAGACUGCGUUUUUGCAUUAACUAGUUUAAGCGAAGGUGAUUUUCGAGUUAUUUUAUUUAUUUAUGCUCAAGGCAAUGCCAUCGAUACCAAACAUUACGCUAGUUUAAACAGUUUAUACGUUUACGGAUUCGAAUCACCCGUUUUCCUCAAAAAUACGCUCCACAUCACAAUUUAUUUCUUACAACUAAGGAUAUUUACAAUUAAGUCAAAGCCUCGCUCAGAAACUGUUAAUUUUAGGAUUCGAUAUUCGGUCAUAAUGCUGCUCUAUAACGUUGUUCAAUUACUAGCUUGUAAGGAAAGCAAAUAAAUGAACUCUAUUGUUUAA